CCUCGCUAUUAGUGUGUGCGUGUGUGUGUGUGAACGCGUUGAUUAACUAGAAAAUACUUCAAAAAACCAAAUAAAAACCACCCACAAAAUGUCAACAAUUUAAAUUUUGUUGCAUUUUGCCAUAGACAGGUGCUGAGUGAGCGAGCGAGAAUAGCAGGCAGCAGCAAUAACAAACAAGCAACAAUAACAAUAGCAGGCAGCUGCUGCUAGAAGGCAUUAAAACAACAACAAAGACAAACACACGCACACACACACACACACACACACACAAGCGCACACAAUCAAAGGAAAAACAAAUACAAAGGCAGCUUUUCCAGAAAUUGGGUCGCGUUGUUUUUUUUUCUGUUCUUAGGUUUUUGUUUUUGGCAUUUGGCAUUUGUUAUGGCAACUUUGGGCACAUGUUUCGCCUGAAUUGCGGGUGUGCCCAGUAGCUAAAGUGACCCCGCUCCCUCCAGUACAGCAACACCAGCAGCAGGAGCAGCAGCGGCAGCAAUGAGCGUCGUUGGCAAACAACUGAAUCCCGUGCAAUCAAACUCUGCCGCUGCCGCGUCCUCAACGGCGGCUGCCGCCGCGGCGGGCAGCAGCAGCGAGGCCAACAAUGCAAAUGCUGCCGCAGGAGUUGUCGCCGCCGCCGCUGGCGAUGCCAAGCGCAGGGAGGAAUCGAAUGUAACGCCCGAGGAUGUGCUGCGUCUGAAUAAAAUAACGGAUGACUAUCUGUGCUCGGCAAAUGCCAAUGUGUUCGAAAUUGACUUUACGCGCUUCAAGAUACGCGACCUGGAGAGCGGCGCCGUUCUCUUUGAGAUAGCCAAGCCGCCCAGCGAGCAGUUCCCCGACGGCCUCUCCGUCGAGGACACCAUGCUAGCCGCCGCCGAGGAUCUAACGCUCGAUGACACUGCCGAUCCCAAUGCCGGGCGCUAUGUGCGCUAUCAAUUCACGCCGGCGUUCCUUAACCUCAAGACAGUGGGCGCCACGGUGGAGUUCACUGUGGGCAGCCAGCCAGUGAAUAAUUUUCGCAUGAUUGAGCGACACUUUUUCCGCGAUCGCUUGCUUAAGACAUUCGACUUUGAGUUCGGCUAUUGCAUUCCAUAUUCGAAGAAUACGUGCGAGCACAUCUACGAGUUUCCUAAUCUACCACCAGAUCUGGUUGCUGAAAUGAUAUCAAGUCCCUUUGAGACGCGCUCGGACAGCUUUUACUUUGUGGAAAAUCGACUCGUGAUGCACAACAAGGCGGACUACGCCUACGACGGCGGGAUUAUUGUUUAACUACGGAGAGCAGCAGCUAAACUAUGACUAAAAACUAGAGCAAAACUAAACUAAAACUAAAUUAAAAA